AUGCGCUCUUCGAUAAGUAAUAGCAGUAGUCGAAGAAGAUCUACGACUUCUACUUCAAAUGGUUCAGUUCUUGAUCAGAAAAAUCAAAAAAGUGGAAAUGUUGCGGAAAAUGGACAUAACAUUGAAUCUAUUAAUAAGAAUGAGCAGGAAGAAGUGGAAGUGGAAGAUGAAGAGGGAAGUAAUGAUUCGAAACGUGUACGUCAUCAUCGUGAAUCAGCGGAAGUUGCUAGAAAACGAUUGAAGCUGGACCUAAAAAACUCUGUUGAUCGCGGAAUUGUUGAAAAUGGUUCAGAAUCGAAUGAAUCAAGAGAGGGUUCUUGUGAACGUAAUGACUGUGGUCAUUUGAAAAAGUGUGCUUUGGAUGUUUCAUCCAUGUGCUAUAGACGUGAAAAUGGUGGAAGCACACAUACAGAUGGAAAUUGCAGCAAGACUUUUCAUCACAUUUCGAAAGGCGAGCAUGUUUGUUGCGCAUGUUAUGAUGAAAUAUGGAAACCUGGUCGAACAGGUAAUGAUCGUUUUAAUGAGUGGAAAGGAAAAUGGGCUUCUGAAAGUCGUUGCACUCCAUGUGUACGACUAUACAUUCAGGAUCAGUUACUUCCAUUUUGGUUGCAGUGCAAACUUUGCAACAAGCAUUUACCAACUACUGUGAGAAGCAUAAGUCGCGAGGAUGUCGAGAGAUUUGUUUGUGGUAGUCAAACCGAAGCGAAUAAAGGUGACACAAACGAUCCCUGUGACGUUAAGGAAGAAGAGUGUGUCCAAGAGGCUUCCGAAACGUUAUGGAUAAAGUCGGUCAGUAUUCCACCUUUAUUGCAUAAUUCACCGGCAGCUCCUUUUUUGCGACAUGAAUAUUACUAUGAUGAAGUAGGAAUUAGUCCUACUAAUGAAAUAUUCGAGCAUCAAAGUGAAGGCGCAGUACGGGGCUUUAUGCGACCAUUCAAUAUUCCACAUGAACAGUCGAUGGCAUUUUGUUUACGACCGGAUGUUAUGGAGUAUGAUGAAUUACACAGUUUCCCAGAAUAUGCUACCGAACCAGUUGCUUAUUUGGCUAUGCGAAAUCUUGUCAUUGCAUUAUGGAAUCUCAAUCCAUUUCAAUAUUUAACCGUGGAAUGCUGUAUUCCGCACCUUAUUUGUCGCGGUCUUGCACGAGUUUGGUAUAUUAAUGAAUUAAAUCGAGUCAUCAAUUUUCUUAGUCUCAAGUCUCUCAUCAAUUAUGGUGUGUUAAAUUUCCCAAAAACUUCAGUGCUUACAUCAAAAUAUAAUGACGUGGAAGUGAUCAUUGUUGGAGCUGGGAUCAGUGGUUUAACUGCGGCUCGACAGCUUCGUUCAUUUGGUGCUCGAGUAAAGGUUCUAGAAGCAAAGGGAAAAUUAGGUGGACGACUAUUGGAUGAUUGGUCACUAGGUGUUGCAGUUGGCAGCGGUGCGCAACUUAUCACUGGAAUUAUUAACAACCCGAUUGUCCUAAUGUGCGAACAGAUAGGUGUUGUUUAUCGCGCGGUGAAAGACGAAUGUCCGUUGUUGGAUGCGGGAACUGGAAAACGAGCAUCGAGUAUUUGUGAUCGAGUUGUUGAUGAACAUUUUAACUGUUUGUUGGAUUGUUUAGCAGACUGGAAGCAGAAUGUAAAAGUCGGUGAUGAAAGUCUAUACGAUCGUUUAAUGAGCUUGCAUAACGCAUUCCUAAAAACGACAGGAUUGAAAUGGACUGAGGAGGAGGAGCGUAUGCUACAGUGGCAGAUAGGUAACGUAGAAUUCUCAUGUGGCUCAAAGUUGGACGGUGUUUCGGCUCGUAACUGGGAUCAGAAUGAAGCAGUGGCGCAGUUUGCUGGUGUUCACGCUUUACUAACUGAUGGCACCUCCGAACUAAUGCGUCGACUAGCAGAAGGUACCGAUAUUCGGUGUAAUCAUGAGGUUUCAAGAAUUGAAUGGUUGGGACGGAAGAAAAUUUUCGUCAAAUGCAGUAAUGGAAAAAAGUACUCAUGUGACAAGGUUUUGGUAACUACUCCAGUAGCUGUGUUGCAAAAAGAAUUAAUCACAUUUGUUCCUGCUUUGCCGCAAGCAAAAAUGACAGCUCUAAAUAAUUUAGGUGCGGGUCUAAUAGAAAAGGUAGCCGUGAAAUUUCCGCGACGUUUUUGGUUGUCCAUUCUAAAAAGUGACGGAACGUUAGAUUACUUUGGUCAUGUACCAAAAAGUGCUGAUGAAAGAGGACUUUUCAAUAUGUUCUACGAUUUUUCAACCCGUGUAAAUAUCAAUUUCUCAGUUGCUACUAUCGGAAGUAAGAAUAACCAUUAUGUUCUAAUGUCCUAUGUGUGUGGCGACUCGGUGAAUUUAGUGAAUGAAAAAAGUGAUGUGGAAGUGGUGGACAUUUUUGUGGAUACUCUGCGUGAUAUGUUUCCGCAAGAGAAUAUCCCAGAUCCAGAAGGUUAUGUUGUGACACAUUGGGGCCGGGAUCGUCAUAUCGGUAUGUCAUAUACUUAUGUUCGAGUGGGUGGCAGUGGCGAUGAUUAUGAUAGAUUGGCAGAAGAUAUUGAUGGAAAACUGUUUUUUGCUGGAGAAGGAACGAAUCGUUUCUUUCCGCAAACAAUGACUGGUGCUUGUGUAAGUGGUCUACGUGAAGCAGGGAAGAUUGCAAAUAGCUGGCUAAAGCAAAGAAGCAAUUCGGAGAGUGAUUUUGAGUCUAUUUUAGAAGCACUUGAGAAAUUUACAAUUGCUGAACUUAUUGUUAGUUGUGCAGGAAUUGGUCAUAAAACUUGA